AUGAAAAAUAUUGUAGAUUCUUCAAAUAUUGAUUAUGAUCAUUAUGCAAAUUCGAUUAUUAACAUAAGAAAGAAUAUAGAUGAAUUGUGUUCCAUUAAAGAUUUCGCAGAAUCAAAGGAUUCAGCAAUAUCUUUUAAGGACAGAUGCGUUUACUAUAAUGAACAAAAGGGAGAAUAUAUGAAGGCAUUAUUUAAAUUAAUCAUUUCAAUUGACGCAAGUACUACUUUAAGAAAAGAAGAUUUUCACAUUAAUGUCCAGUGUACUCUUGAUAGUUUUAAUAGCAAAUUUCCCGACAUACAAUGUCCAUCUGAAAGUUCUGAUGAAAAACCCACAUUGCAUCCAUCUAGUUGUGACAGAGAACCUUGCCCAGAUGAUGCUUCUGAUUUUACUAAAUGUGAAAAAUGGCAAACAUACCUACAAUGCCUAGAACGAACAAAAAGCCUACCAUGUCCUCAAUGCCCAGAACCCACAGAUUUAAAAAGUUCAAAUAACGUAUAUGAAUAUAUGCGUUCUCAUGUAUUUAUCCCUGUUGGUUUCUCUAUGCUAGGAAUUAUUCUCCUUUUCAUCUUGAUAUAUAAAUUUACACCCAUAGGAGCUUGGUUAAAUAGAAAUAUCCAAAAAAAAAAAAACAUUAGAAACAACAUGGGCGACGGAGUAACAGGCAGAGAUUUUUAUAAUGAAUCAGGUCGGCCACCAGCAUUUUUGGAAGGAACGCUAUAUAGCAUGCCAUACCAAUCAUCAAGAAAUUACUAA